CCGAAGGCACGCAAAGGGUCUCCGUUCCACGCAUGCGCACAUUAAAAUCCCUUUCGGGCCUGUUCGCUCACGUUAUAGCAGCCACGCCCUGUUACUCCUCACCUCUCACCUCAAUCGUUACACAAUGGGUGACUUCCGAAGUCUGGUCGAGCUCAGCGACGACGAGAACGACGAGAACGCUCCCGAAACGGCGCUGAACGACGGCGUACUCACGUCGAUCGGUCGCAAACUGGCGAACAAACUCAAACGACCGCGCAGUCGAGGCAGUUCGGCGCGAUCGAGCGCUAAGUCCACACCGAUGGCCACGCCCACGCACAGCGCUCCGGCAUCUCCACUGAAGAAGGCAUUCCGCGACGACGUCUUCGACUUCGACGAGGAUCACAUCGAUCCUAGCUGCACGAAGGCGACGGCCGACGGCGACAGCAGUUCGAGGACGUUCACGUUUGCCAAGGAUUUCGACAAGAACGGAGUGUUGUAUUACAUCGGGAAGCACGGCAGGCCGUUCUGGAACAACCCGGCCGAAACCCUGCAGGUCAUGGUCUCGUUUUCCGAGCACGGCGAGGGAAACAUCGUGGGAGUCAUGAGCGACGCGCUCAGCCGCAAGCCGGUCACGUGUCGCACGAGAAACGGCGAGAAAUCGUGGAUUUCGUACGAUUUGGGUCGACUACGACGCCUGAUUCCGAAUUAUUACACGCUAAGGCACGGGUCUUCGAGCAAGGAUAUGGCCCUGCAGCACUGGAGAUUCGAGGGCUCGGAGAACGGCGUCGAUUGGGUCUGUCUUGACACACGCUUCAAUGAGUCGGCGUUACAGCGGAAAUACGGGACAUCGUCGUGGCCCAUUACCGGAAGUCACGUGGCGUUUAGGUACCUCCGUGUCAUGCAGACCGGUCCUAAUAAUAGUGGCACUCAUGAGUUGAGCGUUGGAGGAAUAGAAUUUUAUGGAAAGUUGUUAGAAAUGCAAGAGUAGUUGACUAUGUAGUGUCACAUGGUGUUGAGACAUACCAGACUAGUUGGAUUAUUGUAGUUUGCGUUUGAGUCAUUUCUUUCUUGAUGAUGAUGAGAGGAUGGUCAGUAUACGAAUGAAUAUGUUGAUGGCGUCCAUGUAAA